AUGCUUCCCCGAACACUCCGCCUCGUCUGCCGCGCCCCGGCCGGCAAGAAGCAAUUUGGCAAAUCCAUCCCCUCGCAAUUCCUGCGCAGCUACACCUCGCCCGCCAGCGUUCCCCCCGUCGAACUCAAGAAGACCCCACUACACGACUUUCAUGUCGCCGCCGGAGCGAAGAUGGUGCCCUUUGCUGGGUACUCAAUGCCCGUGACCUAUGCGGACCAGGGACUGGUCGAGUCGCAUAACCAGGUGCGCACGAAGGCCGGGCUGUUCGACGUGUCGCAUAUGCUACAGCAUCGAUUCAAGGGCCCCGGGGCAUUGGGCUUCCUCGAGCAUCUCACGCCAUCGGACCUCACGCUGCUCAAGCCGCACGAGAGCACGCUGUCGUGUUUCCUGCACCCGGUGACGGGCGGGAUCGUUGACGACCUGAUCAUCACGAUGCUGUCCCCGGACGACUUCUACGUCGUGACAAACGCCGGGUGCGCCGACAAGGACCUGGCUUACAUCCGCGAGCAUCUCGCCGAGUACCCGCACAAGUCCGAGGUUCAGCACAUCGUCCUCGCCGGCCAGGGAUUGAUCGCCGUUCAGGGCCCAGAUGCGAAGGUCAUCGUGCAGGACUUUCUGCAGCGCGCGAUGGGCGAUGAUGUGCUGGAUCUAGGGAACGUGUACUUUGGCCGCUCGGUGGUUGUCGAUACGCCCACGUAUGGUGAGCUGCAUAUAGCUCGUGGUGGUUAUACCGGUGAGGAUGGGUUUGAGAUUUCCAUUCCGGCGGAGAAUACUGUGGCUGUGACGAAUGAAUUGCUGGAGAUUGGGAAGCAGGGGGAUAUCUUGAGGAUGGCAGGGCUGGGCGCGAGGGAUACGCUGCGGUUGGAGGCGGGUAUGUGUUUGUAUGGCCACGAUCUCGACGAUUCCACCACGCCCAUCGAGGCUGGGUUGAAGUGGCUGGUUGCAAAGAGGAGGGUUAUGGAAAACAACUUUAACGGUGCUGAAACCAUCUCCCGGCAAUACAACGACGUCUCGCAGAUCCCGCGCCGCCGCAUCGGGCUCACGGUAGAGAAGGGCGCGCCCGCCCGCGAAGGCGCCGAGAUCAUCGACCCGGCCACGGGCGACGUUCUUGGCACCGUCACGUCCGGUUGUCCGUCGCCCACACUCGGCACAAACAUUGCGAUGGGCUACGUCAAGUCCGGCUUCCACAAGUCCGGCACGGAGUUGGCCGUCAAGGUCCGUGGGAAGACUCGCAAGGCGACCGUUACGAAGAUGCCGUUUGUCAAGACAAACUACUACAGAGCUCCAUAG